AUGCAGGCAGGACCAAAUAUGAAGUACAAUAGGGCAGAAACGAGAAAAAGAUGUUAUACAACAUUGUCACUCAUAUGUGACGAUGAGUGUUUGUCUGAUGCUCAGAUCAAGGCCUAUCAAACACGACUGCAAGAAUAUCGUACAUUUUUGGAUGCAGUCAGUCGACUAGCACUAUGUGGCAAUGUUUGUGUAACAGAAGAAGCUGUCACAAUAGGAGAGCAUGGUCUACUCACUGGUGAGUCGUUGAAUGCACUUCAACAUGCCGGUGCAAUAUCUGUAUAUAACACAUUACAACAAAAUAAUUGGGAAUUCCCUGUAUCUGAGGAAGGUGAAGUAGCUAUUGUCAAGGCACAUGUCUCAAUUCCAGAUGAAUUUUUAGAUUCUGAAAAACCUAUUCGUUCUGAUUGGCCAGCAGUUCAUAUUUCAGAAUGUUUUGUUGAAGGUGAACGCGCUAAAUUACAUGGUUCCGUACGACCAUUACGCACUUUUUUACCACCCACUAUUGUCUUCCGUAAUGCUGCAGAUGUGGAUGAAGAACUUGAACCUGAACUCGAGGUGAAUGUGAUUAAUUCCGGACCAGAGGGAAGUAUUGAAAUAGUUCAGUCAUCAAAAGGAUUAUCAGUCAAGAAGUUAGGCAAAGAUGGUAAAACAGUAGUAUACAUUCCCAUUGAGGAGUACUAUUUUGGACGUCAGGAGGGUAAUAGUGAUUAUGUCGAAGAAAAAGGUGAUUUUCGCUUCAAGUGUGCAGUGUGUCAGCGAAUUUUCUAUUCAAAUACAAAAUUGAUGUCGCAUAUUCUUGGGCAUGUUGAUGAAACAUCUCAAACUUGCUUAGAGGCAGUGGAUAUAACACAAUGCUCUGUUUGUAAUCAAGUAUUUUCUUGUGCAUUUGACCUGAGAGAUCAUAUUGAAAAGGAGCAUACUGUCUUGAAUAGUGAUGCGAAUUCGACUAAUGAUGAGAUGAGAACUGAUUCUACUGCAAUACAGACUACCUCUCAAUUAUUAAUGCAACAGUGUAAUGAUGAUCCACUGAAUGGUGGUGAUACGGCUACUUCUACUGGAAUAAUAGCACCAAAUUUAAACAAUGUUUGUAAUACACCAAGUUGUCGUAUUUGCGGUAAAUUGACUACCAGUGAAAUACUCUUAGCACAUCAUCUACAAUCAAGUCAUCGUCAACGUGAAAUGCCGUAUGUUUGCCGUUUAUGCCUUUUCAGAUCAUCAAUGUAUGAAGAUAUACUCGAGCAUUUUAAAAAGGUACACGACAGUUCAAAUCAUCUACUAUGUACCUAUUGUCUACGUAUUUUUACUCCAUCCGAUGCACGUUCAAAUAUACAAUCACUUUGUGGUCUAUCAACUCCUGGUAGUGGUGGAUUUAAUAAAGUUGGUUUAGGCAUGGGUAUUGGACAGACUCAAGUUUAUCUUCAACAUUUACGAAUGCAUCAAAUAAAUCAUCAACUUCGACGAUGUCCAACAUGUCGUUUAAACUUUACCAAUAAAUCAGAUUAUCAAGUACAUCGUCGAUUAGAUCAUAAAGCUACACAAGGUCCAGGUAUUGAUAAACAUGAUCCUCGUCGAGAUUUAUAUGAGCUGGAGUCAUAUCGAACAUCGGGGAAUGAUGGCACUACUGCUGCUAUCGCCGGAAGUCACAGCAAUGAACGAAAUCGUGUCCACCAUGUGUCUACAGAUUCUGUUCGUAUAAUUCGACCUCAAAUAACAUCAAUGAAUGCACCAGAGGCUGGAUGUACAAAAAGUUUAACUGUCAACUUUUUCCCUGAAAAUAUUCAAAGUUUUGAAUGUUUAGAGUGUGGUAAAUGUAUGGGUGAUGCUGAACACAUACAAUAUCUACCAUGUUCAGUGUGUAGAUUUGCAACAUGUUGUAGGAUUGGUUUUCAACGACAUUAUCAAAAAUUGCAUAUCUAUACAAAUACAUCACAGUCAAUCGAUGUUGAUUCAGGUAUGCCAAUGAUUCGUCAAGUUUUCUUCAAUUGGAGCAAUCUACAGAACAAUGAUAAUUUUCAAUGUCCUACAACAACAACUAGUACUACUACUACUAAUGUGACAACUGAACAAACACCUUCUAUUGUUAUCUCAGGCAGUCAAGAACUACUUGUCAUUAAUGAGAUAACAGAUUUAACGCCUAAUUGUCUUACCAAUACAUCAUCAAUUAUGCCGAGUGAUGAAAUAACACUGAAUAAUAAUAAUAAUAAUCUAUUAACUGAGAAGGCAACCUGUCAAUCAUUACUACCAAUUCGAUUAAGUUUAAAUGAUUGUAUUAUGAAGUAUAUGGAAAGACAAUAUGAUUCAUAUCAAUUCUAUUGUUCACAUUGUGGAGUAAAUAAUUUAGAUGGGAAUAGUUUAGCUCGACAUUUAGUUGAAGAAUGUGGUACAUUAACAGCUACACUUAAUCCACAUCCCUGUCACUUAGUUACAAAAUCUCAAUCAGAUAUCGAAAUAACACAACAAAAACAACAAGAAAUCAAUCAAAAUGGUAAUACGAUCCUUAUUGAAUCAACAGAACAGAAUAUAGUUGUCAUGAAUCAACCUUCAGUAUUAUCUACGAAUACUGAAAAUGCUGAUGCUGAUGUUAUCAUGAUGACAAUUGAUGGUGAUGAUGAUGAACAUUCAUCAAUACGAUUAGUUGAAUCAACAGAUAAUUCAACAUCUCUAUUAACUGAUAAUCAAAUUAUAUCUCAAAUGAAUGGAACAACUACAAUUGAUAUAACUGAUGCUGGUGGUGAAGUUGUACAACAAUUUAUCCUACCUGAUGAUCUACAACUUGAAGAAGGUCAAACAUUAGUAAUGAUUCAAGGUGAAAAUGGUCAACCUCAAUUAGCUAUUGUUAAUCAAUCUGAUUUAAUCACUGCUGAUGGUUCAGAGAUAAUAAUGCAAACUGAAGAUGAACAAGAUAAUACCAAUAAUAUUUUAAUCUAUACAAAUGAUUUACAAAGUCAAACUCAACAACUUCCUGAUGAUGGUAUCGAUUUACUAAGAGGUGGAGAUGAAGAGAAAGAGAAUCAACAAUUCAUUGUUUAA